AUGAAAAUAAAACUGCAGGUCUGCCUUGGGCCACAUUGUCGCACCGAUGGAUUGAAGGCCAACCUCACCGACGGGAGAGGACAGGCCUUGAUGGAGGACUUCUCGGACAGCUUCACACUUUACAAUAUCUUCUGUUGGGAUACGGUCACACUAACUGCCACAACGCCACAGGAGCCGGAACCGGUUCGACGCACCAUCACUCUAAGCCCUACCUGGGGAUAUGAAUGCAGUAAGGACAUUUUUGUUACGUGGGGCCGAAUCAGAGAGCCGAUUGUCCUCUGCUCACCAACCAGUAAGGAGACAAAAGCGGCGCUGGCAAAGGAAGAGGAAUUUGAGCGGAUAUUUAAAGACGCCAGAUGCAAAUGCAGCCGACCGGGUGUCACAUUUUCCACAGGCUUUCUUCACCUGCCUUCGAAUGCCUCGCCUCCCGAUAACUUUUCUAUCCAGUGUCAGCUGCACGAAUGCCAAUGGAGCUUUCUUGUUCGGGUUGUGAAGGAAGGUACGAUGCAGCAGGUCUCCUGUUUCUAG